UGAAGGUAGAAAGCGGCAUUCAGUAAAUUUCUAGACGGCGGUGAGACUGCAUCUGAUCGGUAGUCGAAGCCAGUGAGUCAUUCAACGGGCCACUCAGUGAUCCGAUCUCAAAGAGAGCGGAGGAGAGAGAAAUCAAGUUUCGCGCAGCUGGCUUUCCCUACAGGCGGCAACCCAGGAAUUCAAGGAAUCCAGACUCCGAAUCCGAGGAGCACAAUCCGCCAUGGCGUCCACGUCGAGUGUGCGGCUGGUUGUCUACGCCCUGGACGUACUUUGCACGCUGCUGGCCCUGGUGCUGAUAUCCUUUGGCAUCUAUGUGGUGGCGUCCUACGACCUCAACGAGAUCGGCGAGCUGUCGGCAUACGCCUACGUGGCAAUCGGGGUUGCUACCCUUCUGGUUGUCCUUUGGGGAUACCUGUCCGCCUGGCGCGAGAACGUGUGCUGCACAGUCACAUUCAUUAUUUUCCUGUGCCUGGUCAUCAUUGCCCAGUUCGCCGUCGUCUACUUGCUGGUCACCAAGGAGAAAUCGGUGUCCUCCAACCUGGCCAAUGCCCUGGAGGCCACCUGGGAGGAGGAACUGAACAGCCCCGGCGCCAUGUCGCUGUACCAGAACUGGUUCCAGUGCUGCGGUCGUGGUAGUCCCCAGGAUUACAUCGUCAACGACCGACUGCCUCCGGAAAGCUGUUUCCUAAACCACGACAAGAGCAAUCCGGAGAAACUGAUCAAAACCGGAUGCCGGGUGGAGUUCGAAAACUACUGGCAGCACUUGACCAGGAUUUUUAACAUCAUUGCCCUCGUACUCAUAGGAUUUGAGCUUCUGCUGAGUGUCAUCUCUUGCCGCCUGUGCAACAGCAUUCGCAACGAUGCUCGUCGUUCUUACUUUUAGACAGUGGAACCUGAAUAUACUCAAGUUGGAUUGGCAGUCGAGCUGAGGAAACUCAUUUAAUCUGCACAGUGCAAUAAAAUGAACACAAAUAAAGUUAGAUUUAUGUAUUUAUGCAUUAUUAUAUUUAUUUGAACCAAGCACCUACUUUCUUCUCUCAUUAUUGAAAAACAUUCUAUAUACAUAUAGUUUUCAGUUCUGUAUAAGGAUUCGUGUGAGUUAGCAAAUGGGUUGUGUAUCGUUACUACUAUACCCUAAUUAGAUAUCAAUAUAGUCGCACACAUUUGUCGUUCGCUUGUAUCUUAAUAUCGUCAAUCGACAUUAUAUUUAAAAAUAAAACACGCAGCUCACACAUAGAAAGCUUUGGUAUCCAAAAAAUACACACAAAUGCCGUUUUAAAUGGAAAUGAUUUAUAAUCCUAAACAUGUGCUCGAAAAAAUGAAAUAAAGAAGCAGAACGCCGUAUUCAGAGAAGUA